UCAUCAUCAUCAUCAUCAUCAUCAUCGUCACAGUCAUCCUUGCUUCUUCUUCGACCUCACACUCACACUUACACUUCUCUUCGCUGUUCCUCUUCCUCACUCUUCAAUCCCUCUCUCCUCAUCCCCACCAAAUUCUCAAAACCCACCAAAAUCCCCCAAUUUUCGAUCACCAUUUCAAUGUCCAUGGAGGCUGGUAUCGGUGUCAUGGGUACUAAAUUGGGUAUGAUGAGUUUCUUCGAACCCAAUGGUACUGUUGUCCCCGUCACCGUUGUGGGUUUCAGAGAGGGCAACAUUGUCACCCAGGUCAAGACUCAGGCCACCGACGGCUACGAUUCCAUUCAGGUCGGUUAUCGGAGGGUUCGAGACCGAAAGCUCACCAAGCCCGAGAUGGGUCACCUCCACAAGUCCGGGAUCAUCCCCUUGCGCCACUUGCAGGAGUUUCGGUUGCAAUCGGUUGAUGGGUUUGAGCCUAACCAAAGGCUGGUUUUUGAGGAGCUCUUCAAAGAAGGGGAUUUAGUUGAUGUUUCUGGAACCACCAUUGGCAAGGGUUUCCAAGGUGGCAUCAAAAGACACCACUUUGAGCGAGGCCCUAUGACUCAUGGAUCUAAGAGUCAUAGAGCUAUUGGAUCCAUUGGUGCCGGGACAACUCCUGGUCGUGUGUACAAGGGGAAAAAGAUGCCAGGGCGAAUGGGAGGAACCAAAAGAAAGAUCAGAAAGCUUAGGAUUGUGAAAAUUGAUAAUGAUCUUCGAAUUGUGAUGAUCAAAGGCGCUGUCCCUGGUAAGCCAGGAAAUCUACUCCGCAUUGCACCGGCAAAGAUUGUUGGGAAGAACAUUCCUAAAAGUUAAUUUUGUGGUGUAUUUCUCCGUCUUUUGCACUAUCAAUGUUAAAUGCAUUUACUUUUUUGGUUAAUUAGUAUAGCUUUGUAGUUUCUAGAUCUGCUUGUUGAUUUUCUUCAGCUUGUUUUGUUUUGAUCACCAUAACUAACAACAUUGUGCUGUAAUUGCUUUAGAAGAUUUAUCUGUAGCCAAUGUCAUGGUGUAAUUAUUCCAACAUUAAUGCAUCAAAGUCAGUAUUAUUAUUUCA